UAGCCGCAUAUGUACAACGGCCUAAAUCCCCUGAGAGGCGCCAUCAAUAAGCUUCCUCUUACUUCGGCAAUUCUCUCUCCCCGCCGUUUCUUCCUCCGAGCAAUACACACAACCUCUCUCUCCUAUUCUAGACCCUAACCUUCUUCUCAAUGUCUCUUCAAUCAAUCGCACAUCGACGCGCUUGUCAUUUCGAUCCUUUGCAAUUACACAACCCAUUUCACCUCAAGAACACAUGUACUAUUCGACUGAAUUAUAAGGGAGAAUAAUUUUUUUUUUAGGUUUUUUGUUGUUGGAGAUAGCGAUGAGCAGCAGAGAGAACGUUAAUGCGGAUGAUCGCGUUUGUUUUCUCUCUGUUUUCGUACUGUUCAUGAUUGUUCUGAGUUUACCACGGCCGGCUGCGUGUCAAGAUGGCAGCAGCUAUAGUAACAAUCCAGCCGCCGCACAGAUCUUCUCGGAAUUGUUUUUUAAAAGCAUUUCUAAUAUGACCUCCGUCUUUAAAGAUGACAUCAAAGAGCAGUUUAGGUUUUGCAUAGAGGAUGUGGAUGCAGAUUGGGAUGCAGCAUUCAAUUUCUCCAAAAAUACUGCGUUCUUGUCCAAUUGCGCCAAAAAGACCAAAGGAGAUAUGUCACAGCGUCUGUGCACAGCGGCAGAAAUAAAGUUCUACUUCUCUAGUUUCUAUGAAAGAGGAUCAAAGAGAGCCAAUUAUUUGAAACCUAACAAGAACUGUAAUUUGAGCUCUUGGGUAUCUGGAUGUGAGCCAGGAUGGGCAUGCAGUGCUGGUGGUCAGAAAGUAGAUCUCAAAAACUCAAAGGAUAUGCCUAUUAGAACUGCUAGUUGUGCACCUUGUUGUGAGGGUUUCUUCUGCCCUCAUGGUAUUACUUGCAUGAUCCCUUGCCCAUUGGGUGCUUUCUGCCCACUUGCAAAACUAAAUAAAACAACAGGCAUAUGUGACCCAUACCAUUACCAACUUCCUCCUGGACAGCCAAACCAUACCUGUGGGGGAGCUGAUGUUUGGGCUGAUAUAGAGAGUAGUAGUGAAUUAUUCUGUUCAGCUGGAUCAUAUUGUCCAUCUACAGUCCAGAAAAUUCCUUGCAGUAGUGGGCAUUUUUGCAGGACAGGUUCUAUUUCUCAACAAAGUUGCUUUCGGUUGGCCACAUGUGAGCUAAAAUCGGAAAAUCAGAACAUCACUGCAUACGGCGUCUUACUUUUUGCUGGAUUAAGUUUUGUGCUUAUCAUUAUAUAUAACUGCUCUGACCAAGUUCUCGCAACUCGAGAGAGAAGACAAGCGAAAACCAGGGAAAAGGCAGUUCAAAGUGUGAGAGAAACUGCACAAGCUCGUGAGAAGUGGAAAUCUGCUAAAGACAUUGCUAAGAAGCAUGCAAUUGGACUACAAACACAGUUAUCACGUACAUUUUCUCGCAGGAAAUCUCAAAGGCAACCGGACCAGCUGAGAGGUCUGGCUCAAGCUAAACCUGGAUCAGAUGCUGCCUUACCUCCUAAUCCAUUGGGUUUUACAGGGCAGUCAUCUGCUGCAACUAAAGGGAAGAAAAAGGAAAAGAGCAACCUCACACAAAUGUUGCAUGAAAUUGAGAGCGAUCCUGAGGGUCAUGAAGGGUUCAAUCUGGAGAUAGGAGAUAAAAACUAUAAAAAGAAUGCACCUAGGGGUAAGCAGUUGCAUACUCAAAGCCAAAUGUUCAGGUAUGCAUAUGGCCAAAUUGAAAGGGAAAAAGCUUUGCAGGAGCAGAAUAAAAACUUAACCUUCUCUGGAGUAAUCUCAAUGGCUAAUGAUAUUGAAAUUAGAAAGAGGCUUAUGGUUGAGGUUGCUUUCAAGGAUUUAACCCUCACUUUGAAAGGGAAGAACAAACAUUUGCUAAGAUGUGUGACUGGGAAACUGAUGCCUGGCCGAGUUUCUGCCGUCAUGGGCCCAUCUGGGGCUGGUAAAACAACGUUUCUUUCCGCUUUGACUGGAAAAGCAGCUGGAUGCACCAUGUCCGGUAUGGUUCUUGUAAAUGGGAAGAUGGAACCUAUUCAAUCCUACAAAAGAAUCAUUGGUUUUGUCCCCCAAGAUGACAUUGUGCAUGGAAACUUGACAGUGGAGGAGAAUCUCUGGUUCAGUGCAAGAUGCAGACUCGAAGCUGAUUUGCCGAAACCGGAAAAGGUUCUGGUUGUUGAAAGAGUCAUUGAGUCAUUGGGCUUGCAGCCAGUGCGGGAUUGUCUUGUCGGGACCAUAGAAAAGCGAGGAAUCUCAGGAGGUCAGAGAAAACGUGUAAAUGUUGGGCUGGAAAUGGUCAUGGAACCUUCACUUCUGAUUUUAGAUGAACCCACAUCUGGCUUGGAUAGUUCAUCUUCCCAAUUAUUAUUAAGAGCUCUUCGACGUGAAGCUCUUGAAGGAGUGAACAUUUGCAUGGUUGUCCACCAACCGAGCUACACUUUGUUCAGGAUGUUUGAUGAUUUAAUCCUUCUAGCCAAGGGUGGUCUCACAGUAUAUCAUGGACCUGUGAAAAAAGUCGAAGAGUAUUUUACUGGCCUCGGGAUUAAUGUUCCAGAUCGUGUUAAUCCACCAGAUUAUUUCAUAGACAUUUUGGAAGGAAUAUUAAAACCAAACACAAGCACGGGCGUUACUUACAAGCAACUUCCAAUUAGGUGGAUGCUACACAAUGGUUAUCCAGUUCCCAUGGACAUGUUACAGAGUGCUGAUGGAUUGGCAGCAUCCGCCAGUGAAAACUCUGCUCAUGGAGGAGGUUCAGUUAAUGGUGGAGAUGGACAGUCUUUUGCUGGAGAUUUUUGGCAGGAUGUGAAGUGUAAUGUUGAGAUGAAGAAAGAUACUUUACAGCAUAAUUUCCUAAAAUCAGGUGACUUAUCUGAUCGGAAAGUCCCUGGCGUCUUUCAGCAAUACAAAUACUUCAUUGGAAGGGUUGGUAAACAGCGACUACGAGAAGCAAGGACACAAGCUGUAGAUUAUUUGAUUUUAUUGCUGGCUGGAAUCUGCUUAGGAACACUGGCUAAAGUGAGCGACGAAACUUUUGGGGCAGUUGGUUAUACCUACACUGUCAUUGCAGUUUCUCUCCUAUGCAAGAUUGCGGCAUUGAGAUCAUUUUCUAUGGACAAGCUACACUACUGGAGAGAAAGUGGUUCUGGGAUGAGUUCCAUGGCUUACUUCCUUUCAAAAGAUACAGUUGACCAUUUCAAUACAAUUAUCAAGCCCUUGGUGUAUCUCUCGAUGUUCUAUUUCUUCAAUAAUCCAAGAUCAUCAGUCGGAGAUAAUUAUAUUGUUUUAGUCUGCCUGGUGUACUGCGUGACAGGAAUAGCAUACGCAUUGGCCCUUUUCUUUGAACCUGGUCCAGCCCAACUGUGGUCAGUGCUUCUUCCGGUCGUUUUGACUCUGAUAGCCACUCAUACCGAAAACAGCAAAAUUGUGGAGAAUAUAUCCAACUUGUGCUACACUAAGUGGGCCUUGGAGGCAUUUGUUGUAUCAAAUGCAAAAAGGUUUGCCGAAACUUUUCCUCUCUAUGUGCUGCUUUUUCCCAAUUUAUGUUUACUGAGUUUUGUCAUGUUGAUUUACUCUAUUACUCGCAGAUAUUCAGGAGUGUGGAUCAUCACAAGAUGCGGUUCGCUUAUGACAAAUGGAUAUGAUCUGAGUCAUUACAGUCGUUCCUUAGUCUUCCUUCUCCUCACUGGUUUAGCCAGUCGUAUUGUUGCCUUCAUCGUAAUGGUGACCUUCCAAAAGAAGUAGAUGUAGACUUGCUUUUCUCCAUUCUUCUUUUACCAUAUUUAAAGAUCCAACAAAAUCCUCGUGCUUCUAGGGUUAACUCAUACGGCCUUCAACACAACCAUGAAAAAGUCGAUAUGACAUUCAAAUAUAAUAGAGGAGCUCUCAGUCUCAGGAAUGACCGUAUUCAGAUGCAUUGAAGUAGACCUGGAAAGGAUGGCUGCACAGUUGGUUACGUAUGAGGUAGAUGUUCUACCGUAGUGCAUAGAAGAUUUCUUCUUUGACAAAACAAUUUUGUGUAGCUCACAUGGAGAAAUUUAGCCAAAACUGCCUCUUC